AACAAAAGUCCAGUGUCGUUUCUGUACUGCCAACAGGUAGUGGCAAUCCACUCAAUCAACAUACUCUUAGUUAAAUAAAAGUAAAACAAAUCAAGUAGCGUGACACAAACCUAAAUUCUUCCGCCUUCAUUUUCCAGAUCUUACUCCCUUCGAUGGCUGCUGCCUGUUACCUCCAUGUUUCGUCUUUGCUUUCUUUAUCAGCUUCUACCACAUACACUCCAUCCUCCCGCCGCCGUUCCCUUGUCAUCGCCUCCUCUAAAUCUGACAAUGCCCCUCUCCUUGGCCGCAAGCUCCGAACGGCCGUUAUCGGCGGUGGCCCUGCGGGAUCUUCUGCUGCCGAAGCUUUGGCAGCUGGUGGGGUCGAGACCUACCUAUUUGAGCGCAGCCCAUCGUCUGCCAAGCCGUGCGGCGGCGCUCUCCCUCUCUGUAUGCUUAGUGAGUUCGACAUCCCUGCUCAUCUCAUCGAUCGCCAUGUUACUCGUAUGAAAAUAAUUUCCCCUUCGAAUCUCGCUGUCGACUUCGGAAAAACCUUGAAGGCUCAUGAGUUCAUACCCAUGUUACGCCGCGAAGUGCUCGAUUCUUUCCUCCGCUCCCGUGCCCAGUCCAGCGGUGCUAAUCUCGUCCAUGGACUCGUGCUGAAUCUCGAGGUUCCUACCUCCUCCAACGCACCGUACGUCGUGCAUUACACGGCUGAAAACUCCCGACGAUCCUUGGCCGUGGAUGUGGUGAUUGGGGCGGACGGCGCCAACAGCCGAGUAGCGAAGUCGAUAGACGCCGGAGAUUACACGUGCGCGAUCGCUUUCCAAGAGAGAAUCAAAUUGCCAGCGGAGAAAAUGGAGUACUACGAGGAUCUGGCGGAAAUGUACGUAGGGAACGACGUAUCGCCAGACUUCUACGCGUGGGUAUUUCCGAAAUGCGAUCAUGUGGCGGUGGGGACGGGGACGGUGUGCUCGAAGCAAGACAUAAAGCAGUACCAAAGAGGAAUAAGGGAAAGAGCAAAGAGGAAGAUAAGCGGGGGGAAGAUAAUGAAAGUAGAGGCACAUCCGAUACCGGAGCACCCGCGAGCGAGGCGAGUGAUAGGGCGGGUGGCGCUGGUGGGGGAUGCCGCGGGGUACGUGACGAAGUGCUCCGGUGAGGGCAUAUAUUUUGCGGCAAAAUCAGGGAGAAUGUGCGGGGAGGCGGUGGUGAGAGCAUCGGAAGGAGGAGAGAGGAUGAUCGGAGAGCGGGAUCUGAAGAGAGAGUAUCUGAGAGAGUGGGACGCCAAGUACGCAGGGACCUUCAAGUUCUUGGAUGUGUUGCAAAGAGUGUUCUAUGGGGACAACGCCGGAAGGGAAGCAUUGGUGGAGAUGUGUGGGAAUGAGUAUGUGCAGAGAAUGACGUUUGAAAGCUAUCUGUAUAAGAAAUUGGCUGAGGGAAACAGAUUGGAAGAUGCAAAGUUGAUGUGGAACACCAUCGGAAGUCUCAUCAAGUGUGGGAUUGUUGGGAGAACAGAGACUCACAAGGUAUCGAACACAUAAGGAGUUUAAGAAUUCAUUGAGCAACCUCCACUCCCUUGGGCCAAAUUAACAUGCUCUUCAAGAGUUAUCCAAUUAUGUUACAUCAAAGGAAUAUGUUCUAGUCAAAAUGAGUUUAUCCUGCCAUUCUUCU